CGAAUAUCUGAUCAACGCCUUCUUAGCGGAGGCACGCUUGCGAUGUUCCUCUACUUGACGCAUUUGCUGUUUUUUCAACAAGCGUAUCAAUCUAGCGCUAGAAGAAUCGUUGAUCCCCGGGGCGAGCUAGAUGGAUUAAAGCCGCCGUCAAAUUCAAACGCAAUAUCUGCGUCCACUGUUACGAUUCCCUCAGGUCCUGCGGCACCGCUCUCCGCACCCAGUACCUUUCGUCGUCACUCAAAACGGCUAGUACCGACCGAGGCCGCGACCGAGGCUGCCGCUGAAGCUUCGGAAGGACCACCUACGUGUGCCAUCUGCCUUGAAGAGCUUACCCCGCGCCAACCCAUGGCCAAUCCACCCAAGGGAAAGAAGCUGUUCGGUAUCUCGAUACCGCUCUUCCGGUCGCGUUCCAGAAAACUACCUCCUGUGCAAGCUGUAUCCGGCUGGCCAUGUGCACAUGUUUUUCACCAAAGCUGCAAGGACGGAUGGACUAACCUUGGACACCAGGAAUGUCCAAGUUGCCGUAUGUUACCUGAUGGGUCAUUUGCCGGAUCACAUAGUCUACCGCCUCGAAUUCCAAAUAACAAUUCUGGUAUGCUUGGCGGGCAAGCAAAUGGUCCUGAGUAUGCUGGGCAAGCAUACUGGUACGGGCAAGCCAGCGGGCCUGAGUUUCGGGAAUCAAGUGGGUAUGAAUUUGAAGGGCAUGCAGACAUGCCUGAGCUUUCUGAGCCAGCCUACCCGUCUCACGGCCACAAUAUCAUGAGUGAAGCACAAGGACAUGUUGACAGAACUGAUUGGCAGUCAAUGCCAAACUGGCAACAAUUGAUACCCAUAAUGCAAUCAUUACCUGCUGCCCCUCCAAUACCCCCACCAUGGUAUCAGAUGCCUGCGUCUCAGCCACCCUAUCACGCACCUCAGUCAAUCAACUACUAUCCUAUGGAAGAGUAUCUACAGCCAUACUACGGAUAUGAACCUCAAUUUUCACUGUAUCAAAUGGCUCAAGAAUGGCAAAGAAGCUUAUCAGACGCUGGUUACUUGGAAAUAUUUUACUUCUUGCUCUUUACUAUUUUCUAUGUAGCUUUUAAGGGAUAGUUUGACAUGUGUAAAAUUUCAUACAUCAAGACACAUUUCAUAAGGGUCUUCCUUUUUGCACAC